AUGUCACAAUCUGAACGAGCAGUUCAUACAAUUUGGGCACAAUUACUUCCAAACCCACCAACCCCAUUUAUUCCGCUAGAUGAAAAUUUCUUUGAUUUAGGAGGACAUUCAAUAUUGGCUACAAGAUUAAUAUUUGAGUUAAGAAAAACAAGUGGUGUAAAUAUUCCACUUGGAUUAGUAUAUGAAAAACCUACAAUUCGUGAACAAGCUAAUGAAAUUGAUAUUGCUCUAAGAAGCGAACUUAAUAUAGUUGAAAAUGUUGAAAUUCAACCAGUCAAUAAUAGUAAUUUAGUUUCCAAACCGGUUAUUGGAAUGGAAAAGUCAGAAUUAAAUUAUGCAAAUGAUGUAGAAAUCUUAAUGCCUAAAUAUUUAUUACAGGAAUACACACCGAUUCCAGAGAAUUAUCAAAGAAAGGUAUUUUUUGUCACAGGUGUAACGGGAUUUCUUGGUGCAUUUAUAUUAUCAAAUUUACUUAACAAUAAUAAAGAGAUUAAAAUAAUUGCACAUGUAAGAGCCGAAACUAAACAACUCGGAAUGGAAAGACUUAAAAAGAGUUGUAAGUCGCAUUUAGUGUGGUGCGAUGAAUGGGAAAGCGAAGGAAGAUUAGAAGUAGUAUAUGGUGAUUUGGAAAAGGAAAGAUUAGGAAUUGAAGAGGAGGAUUGGAAAUCUUUGUGUGAAAGAGUCGACGUCGUUGUACAUAAUGGUGCAUUGGUUCAUUGGGUAUAUCCGUAUCAAAAACUCAGAUCUGCAAAUGUUAUAGGAACAUUAUGGUGCAUAAAUCUAGCCAGUACGCAUCAUUCAAAACCAUUUAUAUUUGUAAGUUCUACAUCCGUGUUAGAUACAGAACACUAUGUUUCAUUAAGUGAUUUAAUCAUUGAAAAAGAUGAGGGUAAAGGAAUUAGUGAAGACGAUGAUUUAGAAGGCAGUAGAUUUGGACUAAAAAGUGGAUAUGGACAAAGUAAAUGGGUUGCGGAGAAGUUGAUUAUGGAAGCUAAGAAAAGAGGAUUGAAUGCUUGUAUUGUAAGACCGGGAUAUAUU